ACUUUGACAUUUCUGUUCCUGGAAUGUUGAAUGUACAAAUGUAGUGAAUGAAAAAAUUCUCUCAGCCAAAUUUGUAAAUACCACAUUCAUGCCAAGAUUUUAUUAAAUUAAUCUAAAUUUUUUCUAAUCAGUAUUUGUAUCUAUUCAUAUUAUUUCUGAAAAGUGCUCAAGUGAAGUUAGUGUUGGAACAAUAUUAUGUGCAUGAAAAGUCGGUGACUGAGAAAAUUCUCGACAAUACCUAUAAUUAGGAGAAACAAAUUUGUGAUGUAAAAUUUGAAUUCAAAAUGGCUGAGUCCUAUUAUCAGGGGGACUACAUUCGACACCCUGUCCUCUACGAGCUCUCCCACAAAUAUGGCGUGCCCACCGACAAUCUCAUCGAAUCACAGCUGUCCGGCAAGCUGGAGGAGCUCAAAGAGAUCGUGCGACGCGAGAUCCGCAAGGAGCUCAAGAUCAAGGAGGGCGCCGAAAAGCUCAGGGGCGUGUCGACGGACAGGAAGUCGUUGAGCCACGUGGCCACCAUCGUGAAGAACUCCAAUUGGAAGUUGACGGAGCUGAAGAACGAGCUCAGCGAGUUGGAGUCGCAGAUCAUACUGACGCAGGGCCAGAGUACGGCUAAUUUGAAGCCGCUGAAUGGUGAUUCCCUACAUUUUUCGACACUGGCCACCCACAAUGUGGACAAGUGCAGCAAAAUCGAGAACCUUGAGAAGCAGCUGAACAUCGAGCUGAAGGUGAAACAGGGGGCCGAAAACAUGAUCCAGAGCAUCACCGGCAGAGACAAAAAGUUGUUGCUCGAAGCUCAACAGAUGUUGCAGGACUCCAAGAAGAAGAUAGAAUAUUUAAGAAUGAAAAUUACAAAGCUGAAACAUGACAUAGAUUCAAAUUCCCGUGGCUCAAUUCAGGACCUUACAGACAAUGGGGAUUUGUCUCAUAGAGAGCUAGAACCCCUCUUAGAUGACAGGAUUGAAGAUUUAAAACAUAGGUUAAGGGUGGAAGCAGCAGUUGUAGAAGGUGCCAAAAACGUUAUAAAACUUUUACAGAUUAACAAUAAAGAAAAGAGUGAGAAAAAAGCCCUGUUAGAGGCCCAGGAGAGUUUGCGGGCAAGCAGCAUGAAGCUGGAUCUCUUGAAAAAAUCGCUGGAGAUGCGGAAAGCAGAAUUACCCGACGAUUCUCCUGUCGCCAUGCAUUUGAAGGAAGAAUUAGCGAAUGCGCAAUCGUUCAGCCCGACCUCGGUGCACUAUACCAGUUUGCAGCCUUUCCGAGAAGGAAAUGAUACAGGCAGACCCCACCCCUCGUCCUCGACCUUCUCGCGCUGCGCAGCUGUCACCGGCACGUUGGAGGUCCGCCUGAUGGGCUGCCAGGAUCUGCUCGACGACGUGCCGGGCAGGCUGCGCAGGGAGGGCGAGCUCUCUGCCGGCGGCGGCAGCGGGGGCGGCGGCGGCAGCCCGAUGGACCUGCGCUUCUUCAAGAAAACGGGGCGCGGCUCGUCGAAGAGCUACAGCGUCAAGGAGGAGGUGAGCGAGGAGAUCAUGGCGGUGCUGAAGCUGGACAACACGACGGUGGGGCAGACCAGUUGGCGGCUGUGCUCGCAGCAGGCGUGGGAUCAGAGGUUCUCCAUCGAGUUAGACAAAUCGAGGGAGUUAGAAAUAGGAGUAUAUUGGAGAGACUGGAGGUCACUGUGUGGCGUGAAGUUCCUCAAACUGGAAGAAUUUAUCGAUGACGAAAGGCAUGGGAUGGCUUUACACCUGGAACCGAAAGGAUUGUUAUUUGCAGAGUUCAAAUUUCUGAAUCCGAUGAUUUCGAAAAGGCCGAAGCUGCAACGGCAGAAGAGGAUAUUCAAGCAGGUGAUGCCGAGAGCCAAACAAAUGAAUAUCAACAUCGUGACGUGGGGCAGGUGGAUGAAACAGUCUUCGCGCAUGACCAGCAAACAGAAUCUGGCUGCCGUUUCUUCAGAAAAUAUUGCGGACGAGCUGCUCACGCCCGAAGAUAAACCUGAGACGCCCGGCGAGACGCCAGACCCGCGCAGCGGCGGUCUGGGCGGCCAGCGCCCGCUCGACCUCGGCGCCGCCGUCGACGGCGGGUCGCUGCCGCUGUCGCCGCCGCCACCCUCGCGGCCUCCACCCCUCUCGUCCUUCCGGCUGGGGCAGCCGGGCAAGAAGCGGGCGGCGGAGGCGCCGCAGCAUCCGCCGCCCCCGGUGCCGCAGCGGCUAGAUCCGGAGCCUGUCUACGACAACGCCAGCGUCGUGAGGCGUCCGCCGCCGCCAGCGCCCCCUAGGGACGCCUGCCCCAACCGCGACAGCGCCUAUGAAUCGCGGCGGCAGUCGCGGCAGCCCCAGACCGCCAUCACGGCCGACCACUUCCGGCUGAUCAGCGUGCUCGGCAGAGGGCACUUCGGCAAAGUCAUCCUGUCGCAGUACAGGAACACGGGGGAAUACUUUGCCAUCAAGGCGCUGAAGAAGGGGGAUAUCAUUGCGAGGGACGAGGUGGAGUCGCUGUUGUCAGAAAAAAGGAUCUUCGAGGUGGCCAACUCGAUCCGCCAUCCGUUCCUCGUCAACCUUUUCGCCUGCUUCCAAACCGAGGCGCACGUGUGCUUCGUGAUGGAAUACGCGGCCGGCGGCGAUCUCAUGAUGCACAUCCACUCGGACGUGUUCGGCGAGCCUCGGGCCGCCUUCUACGCCGCCUGCGUCGUGCUCGGGCUGCAGUACCUGCACGAGAACAAGAUCGUCUACAGGGACCUCAAGUUGGACAACCUGCUGCUGGACACCGAAGGCUACGUCAAAAUCGCCGACUUCGGGCUGUGCAAAGAGGGCAUGGGGUACGGCGAUAAGACGGGGACGUUUUGCGGCACGCCCGAAUUCCUGGCGCCCGAGGUGCUCACCGAAACGUCGUACUCGCGGGCGGUGGACUGGUGGGGGUUGGGGGUGUUGAUUUUCGAGAUGCUGGUCGGUGAGUCACCAUUCCCAGGAGAUGAUGAAGAAGAAGUUUUCGAUUCGAUCGUUAAUGAUGAAGUGAGAUACCCAAGGUUUCUGUCUUUGGAAUCAAUAGCAAUAAUGAGGAGGUUACUCCGCAAGAGUCCCGAUAGGCGAUUAGGUUCUAGCGAAAGAGAUGCCGAGGAUGUGAAGAAACAAGCAUUCUUCAGGCACAUACAGUGGGAUGACCUGCUGAAUAGAAGAACCCCGCCACCAUUCGUUCCUACAGUGCAAUCGAUGGAAGACGUCAGCAAUUUCGACGAGGAAUUCACGUCGGAAAGGCCGCACUUGACACCUCCGAAAGAACCCAGACACCUCAACAACCAAGAUCAAACCCUCUUCAGGGAUUUCACAUACAUGGCGGACUGGUGCUGACACGUGGUAGCGCACUUCGACUAAGUUCGUUUUUUUCUCUCCAUUAACUUUCUUUGAUUAAUCGUUUGUUGCGCAUAGAGACUCCGCCGAGUGUUUUACCGGAAGUUUGGAUGUUAUAUACAGGGUAUUCUCAAAGUUAACAGGAUGUAGUACUCAUCAAAAUAGACAAUCGGGUCGAUUCUGUUUGCAAAUAGCAAUAUGGUUGUAGAGAAGAUAUUGCUAUCAUAGCAAGAUUCGAAAAAGUGGAAUUCUAAUCAUAGAUUUUUGGCAAUAUGAUCUGUCAAUUCCAAUGACAUCUGGUCAGCUUUCUUGCUAUUUCGGCAACAUAAUUUUGUGCUUGCUAUCUUUUAAAAAGGUAGUGGAUUCUUCGUUUUUGCACUACAAAUUCUUCCAACUGUAUGUAAAUUCAGAAAAUAGUGGAUCAAAAACAUAUGAGAGUUCAGUUGUGUCACUGACUACUCGAAAACCUUUCCUCAAAGUUUCAAUUCGUAGAAGACUUACUGAAAAACUUAGAAUGGUGAUAACAAACGAAUAGGAUAGGUUCACCUCUGUGACCAACUACUUGAAAACCUUUGCUUGAAGUUCCAAUUUGUAGAGGAAAUAUGAGACUACAAUUUCGGCAUAUCAGAGAAAUUUCAGUUGCCUGAUGGAUAGUUUAUCAAGCUAUUUUGCUAGAAAAUUAAAAAAAAUCACGAUUAUUUUCAUCCGGCUUUUAUAUUGUUGUUUCUCAUUUCGGGGACAUGAUUGAUUAUUUGCACCAGUCGCACAACGACGACCAGAUUCAGCUAAUACAAAAUCUCUCGAUUUGAACAAUAAGGUUUUGUAAAAUUUCAGUGUAGGACUGACUAAUUCGAGAGGUUAGAUAAUCAUGAACUCUUCUUCUUCAUGAAAUAAUGGCAAAAUCGAUACCUAACACUUGAACAAUGAGUUGAAAAUAGUGUUGUCAGCUCAAAAAUUCUCAAUCUUUCAACAAUAUUGCUAUCACUUGAACUGAUAACCAGUCUUGCAGUAACUCUGCAAACAGAAUACAGAACUUCAUAGCAAUAUUGUUAUAUGUUAGGAUAAUAACAAUAUUAUUAUCUUAGCAAUGUUAUAACAAGAUCCGAACAGAAUCGACCCGAUGAUCAACAAAAAUUGACCAUAUGAAAGUUGCAGAAUAACAAAGUUAAAAAAUUCACCGAUUGAAUUGACCCUAUUUUGGUCCUGGUAUAUUUACCAUUUCAAGCGGUACAGGCCUUCCCAUAUGUUCUCCUCUGUGUUCCUUCAAACAUCCUGUGUCAGGAUAUCUUUGCACCGAAAUAACUAACAUCGGCGGUGUUGGAAAAAUUCUUAACGGAAAUCUUUCGAUGUACGUACGAAAUGCUGUUGUUGCACUGUGGCGACACUUACCAUAAAUCAGGAGCAUGUUAACAAGUUCAUUAUUUUGGUAAAUGUGCAACAUUGUUGCACAGAAGAAACUAUUGAAAAAAAGGAUCCCAUGACGCAAGACAAACAAAAUUCUACUGUGAACAGAUAUUCUUGUAGAUAAUAUCUGGGUUAUUAUCCAACUUUUAUUGAGGUGAUAUUUGCUGGAUCUGUAUACAGGGUGUUGCAUUGCUAAUUGGAAAUAUUUCAACUAUAGAAUCUUGAGCUCAAAAUAUGAAAAUUUAACUCAAAUCACUUAGUUGAAAUGUGUCUCCUGCCUAAGUUACAGGGUGUUUUAUUCGAAAAUUCAAAAAUUAUUUGUGCCUAGUGCUUUGCAACUAAUUGACGUAUCAUUGUCAUUUUCGAGAAGGGUAGAUACUAUACCCUACUAAAUUAUGUAGAAUAAGGUGUCUGGCUACUACCACAGGCGUACAACAGGGGCAAAUGACUGGUUGAUCCCUCCCAAAUUCUACACCAUUGGCAAAAUUGCCAGUUAUCCAAAUUUUUCGAUUAUCUUUUACUUUUUACGUGAGUCUCGUACUCCUUCAUAGUGAUACAUUUUCGAGAUAUCUCAAGAACAUGAAGCUGCACAAUUGUUUUGAUUUUCAUGUGUAUUAAUUAUGUUGAACUUCAAUCCAUAUGAACAAAAAAACAUAAUAACAUAACAAACAGGAGCUGUUACAGGGUGUAUUAAAUUUUUCAUCAUAAUAAAUUAUACAUUUUAUAAUAUAAUAAUUCAUAUUACACCCUGUAACAUCUCCUGUAUAUCACGUUAUUAUUAUUAAUGGAUGCAAUCCGUUGAUUUGAAAUAUGAAGAAAGAGUAUAAUAUUCACGAGAAAGUAUUGGAGAAUCGAAAAAUUGUGAUAAAAUGGCAAUUCCGGCGUUGAAUUAGGCAUGGAUUUGGCAAGUAUAUAUAGCAUUUUCACUCCCCUCCAAAUAUGACAAUGAUACGUCAAUUAGUUUCAAAGUACUAAAUAAUUUUUUGAUUUUCAAAUGAACCACCCUGUAACUCAGACGGGAAACACAUUUUAUCUAGGUGUUUUGGGUUGAAUAUUCAUAUUUUGACCUCUGGAUUCUAGAAUUGGAAUAUUUCCAAUCAGUAAUGAUACAGGGAAUGCAGGGUUUCCAAUGAUUCCUACAUCCUCUUAAAAAAGUUCCUCGCCUUUGAGAACACCCUGUGUUUUCAUGUACGGGAUGGGGUGAAUGAUUCGCUGGCUCACGUGAAUAUCGCAUCAGAUCACGUGAAUAUCGCCUUAGAUCACGUGAAUAUCGCAUUAGGUCACGUGAAUUUCGCCUUAGAUUCUUGUGGUUAAGAUAUCUAAUCACUAUGUGAGUUGCUGAAAGUCAUCCAUAUUGUCCAUUCAAGUACUUGUUAUAUAGAGUGAGUGUUACAUUGAUAUGAAAAAAAAUUCAAGGGUUAGAUUCUUUGCAAACAAAAAAGAGAGAGGUAUAUACCAGAACUUUUUCUACACAUCCUCUGAUCAAAACUAUUUCAUUUAAGUAAACUUGUGGCCUGAUUUGUGCGCUAGACGGCUCUGGAGUUGAAAAUCAGGAGAAAUAAUUUGUUAUUUUGAACAAUUCUACAAAAUUUAAAUCAAACUGGGUUUCUCCUCACAAAUAAAUAAAAAACCCUUUUCUCGUCACUGCAAAUUAGUCUUUGGAUGAAAGUCUAUAGGAACCCUUUCAACAUUAAUGUAACACUUCAUUUAUUCAAUUUCAGCGAUAAAAAAAUCAGAAUAUGUAUUUUAUGUGCUGCUUUAGUGUUUGUUCUACACAAAUUGGCAAUAGGCCUUUUCAUUUAGAUAACAAAUGACUAUCUGUGACAUCUCGCAUCCAACGACAGUCACGGCCAUUUUCACCGAAACACUUGCACCACACUCCUCAGUAACAAAUAAGUAACGUUUUUUCGAUUCAAAUUAUUAUGAUAAUACAAUUAAUACACACCAGUUAUAUAGAAACGAAAAUACUAUAUUGUUAUUGUUGUUUCUCAAUGACGAAUGCCCAUGGUGGUUGACACUGUUGACAUUUGAGAGAACGUCAAUAAAAAUGGCCAAUCAGAAUUUUGUGUCGGAACUAUAGCCAAUGAGACUUCACCUUCGCAUUACCCAAUCAAAUUUUGGAUCCAAAAACGAGCGCAUGCGGCUUGAAAAUAUAUCUAUAUGAAAAGGCAUAUUAACUGUUAAUUUUGGUGAUCUUCAAAACAGCCACGAAUCAUUCAUGGCUACUUCAAUGGAUAGCCUAUAAAAUUGCUUCAGGCAUGACUGUUAGGUAUAAAGUUUCAGAUUCUUCAAUUUAGUGUUAAGGACUAUGAACAAAAAUAGUGAUAUUCUCUUCAAGUGGGCUUCGAAAUGUUGAUCAUUGCUCUAAAAUAUUUUUGCUGUAUACGAAUUCAGAGAAAACUUUUAUAUCAAAUGUUAUCAAUAAUGACAAACAAUAAUCAAUGCUAUAUGGUUUUGUAUGUUGAGUAGGAAUAAUGACCCCUUCUUGCAAUAUCUUUUCUCUUAGAAUAAUAAUUAUUAUUUCUGCUGAUGGGUUCUGACAAGGUACAUCACAAUUUUUAUCCCAAUGAGUAUGGACUGCUUUUUUAUCUUUUCCUGAUCAUCAAUGUCGAUGAAGGUUAACAUGUUUUGAUUUCCCCCUGGUAGCGCUACUCAUACGUGAGGUCUUGUAUGACAUUAAAUAUAUUAUUUCCUGUCAUUCAGCUUCUACUUCUACUAGGAUAUGUUCUCUGUUAAUGUAAAAAUUUCACUUGAGGUUUCACAUUGGAAGUGGAACAAUCUCAACCAUGGCUUAGAUUUUUGUAUUGGUUCUUCACUACUGUGCAAAUUUUCGGAAGCCUUGAUCAUCCAUGGAUAUCCAGCAAAAUUUGGGGUAUUUUGACAUUGACAUGCAAGCUUCAGUAGCGCCGACCGGUGAGACUCAAACUGUUAACCCUCAUUCAUUUUCCCUUUUCUCACUUUUUUAUUCCACACCAUUUUCAGUUGUUCAAAAUGCGUCGUUUUUUUUUUCAAAAAGGUUAUUGUUAUUUCUCAAAGUAGACUAAUUCCAUAAAAGUAUCAUUUUUUUUUUUGAAAAUUAUCUACUCAAAUUUCAAAUUAUCAUACAUAAAUCCUAUUUUUUCUAAGAAAUAUUCCUGUCCAGUCUUAUGUGACCAAUUUGUUAGAUUUCUUUCUUUUUUGUUGAACUUUCAAAAGAAUGUUUUUUAAAUCGAGCAUGAAAAUGCUUCGAAACAAAAACAAGGAAGACUUAUAAAAAUAUAAAUAUACUGGGUGGAGGCUUUAACUGGAAUAAAUUCGCUACAGGAGAAUUGAAUGAUUUUUUGAAAAUUCGCGUCAACGUUUAAAUGUAUUUACCUACAGUUGGCGCGCAAUAUGGAGAAGAUAACCCUUCAGAGGUAGCUGGAAUCAACCCCAACAUGUUUUCUUCAAAUGCAACCCUAUGACUUGCGACCCCUCAUUGGAAAGCUGGUACUGAUCAUAUUCCAGUUAGUAGUAAUUUUGGGGAUCGCAUAAAAUCAAAAUAUAAUUUCGGAGUUUAAUAUAUUUUCAACGUAUUUUCAUCAAAAUUUCGACAUUUAGUGUCAGUGAUUUAGGGCAUUUUCACCCGUUUGCAAUAACACUUCGUUUCGAACUGUUAACACGGCAAAAAAUUGAAUUUCUUUUUGUGGCUCUAUAAAAACACUGGUAUACAAUUGCAGAUAGCAGUUGUAGCAAAAAAUUGCCAUCAAUCACAAUCAAUCACAUUUCGAUUUUGUGCAACCUUUAAACAUAUAAAAAAAACCUAACAUUUGACUAACACGCUGGAUUCCUCUUUUCAUCAGCUUUCCAAUGAGGGGUCCCGAGCCAUAGGGUUAUAUUUGAAAAAAUCAUGUUGAGGGUGGUUUCAGGUACCAUUGAAGGUAUAUAUUCUUGAUAUUGCUUGCAGAAGGUAGGUAAAUACAUUAAAUCGUUGACGUAUGCCGGGAAUUUUUAGAAAAAAUAUUCACCUCCCCGCUAACGAAUUUUUUCCAGUUAAAGUCUCCACACUGUAUAUUUAAACCAUUGCAUGUAUUGUUUUUAAUCCAAAUGAUGCUUCUUCAUAUACAAUUGAUACAGUUUGAAAUAAAACUGGACACUUUUUGCAAUACAAAUGCCAUACUUUGAAAUUCGGGUAACAGCUUAAAAAUUUAAAUGAUGCAUUUGGAAAUUGGAAUGACUAUUUGGAAAUAUGAUGACACUUUUCGAACUACAAUUAGUAAAGGUGUACAAUUGUUUGUUCCUUAUUAACUUUCUAUUUCUAUCAAUUAUCUUCACCAUUGUGGAUUUGAUACUGAAAAUCAACUAAACAUUGAUUUGGCCAAAACUAAUGUGGGUUGAUUGUGGGGAUGAUUCUGAAUCAUUGGUAGAAUUUAUUUUUGGUUGAAACUUGUAUGUACAUGGGUGACUAAAAAUGUUGCUAAUGACAACACAAACUGUCCACAAGAAAGUAAAUAUUUGGAGUGGAAUAAACAAUAUAUUAGGAAAUAUAUGUGCUAGUAGCCGAUAAACUAUUACACAGGGUGUGAAUGAAUAAGUGCGAAAAAAUUCAGGGGACAAUUUCUUCUCAUAAUUUAUCAAACAAAGUUUUUUAAUGAUUUUACCCCAUUACUAGCUAAUAUAAGUACCCACUAUUUUUGAACAAAUCCACAUGAACUGCCGUUUUUUUCUUUUUUGCGCAUAUUUUCAGAAUGCCUACAGAUUUUAGGAAUUUAUACCUGGUUUUUGGUCAAGUCUUUUUAGUUGAUUAUCUUUGUAACAUGGUUAUUGCCGAUUUCUUGUUCAGGUUAUUGUUAAUGUUUAUAUUAUAUUGGAAAAUGAAAAUAAUUAUUAAAGUCAUGUUUUUUUAUAACUCUGUUUAUAUUGUAGGUAUUAUGUAUUAUCAAUAACUAAGCAUUUUUGUUUCAGGCAGUUUUUAGAAGUAGUAUUGAUACUAAGCUUUACAACUAGUAUUUAAAUUUCGUUUUUUGUCGACCUCAAGUUAUUACCUCUUAUGGCAAAUGCUGGAUCUGAGUUGACAACAAUAUUUAUUUUUGCAUAUCAUAUUUAAUUUUUAUAUAGAUAUAUGUAUAUAAAAUGAUUUUAUCAAUUUCAAAUAAAUAAGUUUGGAAGC